AUGAAUCACGAUGAAUCUCUUGAAUUUGUAUCGGUCUCUUCAUCGGAUUUCGAAUCAUUCCAUAGCACUGAAAUAUCUCCCCCUCCCUUGCAUAAUAUCCUCACAGCUUUAUUCAAAGACCAAUCGAGACACUUAAAUGUCAUCCAUAUUAAUGCUCAAAGCGUUCCUGCUCACCAUUUAGACUUGUUGACAACAUUUGUGUCCAAUGAAAUUCACGCUAUCCUGAUAUCAGAGACUUGGCUGUGUCCAACCCUCUCCUCUCUUAGCUAUUCUAUCCCCGGUUUUAAUCUAAUAAGAAAUGAUCGAGUUGGAAUGCGUGGAGGUGGCGUCGCUAUUUACCUACGAUCGCACAUCCAUUACACUAUUAUCAAUAUGUCUCCUCAACCACCACCACCUAAUGCAUGCGAGCAUCUUCUGAUCGAGGUCAUGCUCAGUAAAACUAAAAUUCUCCUUGGAGUGUUCUACUCUCCUUCUCUUUUAGUCGACUACUUUGCAGGUUUUGAUAAUACUCUUGAAAGGUUUGUGCCUCUCUAUAAAAACAUAGUAAUUAUGGGUGAUUUCAAUACCUGCUUACUAAAAGACGACUGCCGAUCGAAAAAGUUGCUCUCCAUCACCGACUCUUAUAAUCUUCAUAACCUGCCACUUCGCGCCACGCAUAAAGUCCCAGGCUCCACUCCUUCCCUAUUGGAUCUUAUAUUUACCUCUUCUCCUGACCUAGUUACUAACCAUGGCCAACUUCCAGCCGUCGCUUUUUCUCAUCACGACCUCCUUUAUUUGUCUCUCAAUCUUAAACCUCCUAAACUAAAACCCACCGUAGUCCUUAGACGCAAUUUCGCUGCGAUUGACACCAAGCGUCUGCUUAUAGACGCGGCCAAAAUCGACUUUAGCUCGAUUUACGAGUGUCCCACUAUCAAUGGUAAAGUUGAUUUACUAAAUGCCUCCAUUACCAAUCUUUUUGAUAUACAUGCCCCCUUGAGGCCCGUUAAACUGAAACAUUUACCUGCUCCUUGGCUCAACGAUGAAAUUAAAACUUUGAUUAAUCAAAAAAACCGCGCUAAAGCCAAAUUGAGAACAGCCAAAACGGACAAGGAACGUGUACUUUACAAAACCUUGCGAAACCGUUGCAACACGCGUUGUCGGGAUGCACAGAGACGACACAUUCACGACUCAGUGUCAAAUGGGGAUCCCUCGAAAAUAUGGAAAUUUUUGAAAUCUCUGGGUGUCGGUAAGCCACCAUGUCCUUCCAUGCCUCCCGAUAUCGAAGUAAACAGUCUUAACGCCCAUUUUACCUCUCAUUCUACUUCAAGUAAUAUCGAUCUGGCCUUAACACUUGAGUAUAUAUCAUCUCUCCCUCGUCCUAGUUUUCCAUCUUUCUCUUUCACUGAAUUCUCUAGCCAGAAGGUUGAAUCGAGUAUUUCCUCUAUUCAUUCCAAUGCUGUUGGUUCUGACCUGAUUGGUCGUGCUAUGAUCAUACCUAUUGUCUCUCUUGUACUUCCUGUGAUCACACAUAUUUUUAAUUUUUCGAUUUCAUCAGGUGAAUUUCCUUCAUGCUGGAAGGAUGGACUUAUCAUCCCUAUCCCAAAAAAGGCUAAUCCUAGCACUUUUUCUGAUUUUCGACCCAUCUCGAUUCUGCCUUUUCUAUCCAAGAAACGUCUAAUAGAGCUAUUGGGUGAGCAGAGACCGCCAUUGGACCAGCUAUUUGAUCAUAUGUGUAGGCUUUUGGGGCUUUAUUUGCAGCAAGAAGGAAUCUUGCCUAAGAAUAUUGACGCCAAUGAACUUAUAGGGCGUGCCUACCGCCUAUGCCCUCACCAUGUAUCACAUUACCUUGGACUAGACGUUCAUGAUUCACCUCUUGUUCGUCGAAGGAUUCCCGUUACUAAUAAUAUGAUAGUGACUGUAGAACCAGGUAUCUACAUAAGUCCAGAUGACACAAGCGUCCCUCCAGAGUUCAGAGGUGUUGGGAUAAGAAUAGAAGAUGAUGUCCUCAUCACGGAUGGACAUCCACUCAUACUGACAGACACAUGUGUCAAAGAAGUUAAUGAUAUUGAGGCAAUAGUUGGAAAGCAAAAUAUUUAA